GUCCUCCCUUUUAAAACUCAGCCCAAUUUCGAUAUUGUAGAAUGUAGUUGGCAAAAGAAAAUAAAAAUCUUCAUUCUUCUCCUUUAGCAGCAAAAACACUUUCCAAACCUUCAUUCAUCAAUCAAAUCAUGUGUUACGGUCAGCAACCACCCUUCUCCAGAGACAACCCGACCCCACAACGCGCCGUCCGACCGCGGAACGACAACGCGGUGGCGGUCGCAGAUCUGCGCGGCCGCCUUGCCCAGACGGAGGCGCGGCUGGCGAUAGCCAGGGCUCGUGAGGCGGAGCUCAGCCGUCGCCUGGAAGACAUGAAACGAUUCGUCUCCGUCAUGGAGAUCCUCGAAACGUUCCUCAAACGACGCUUCCGCGAGCAACAGGAAUACGUAGCCCGACUUUUCUCUCCCUCUCCCCUGCCAUCACGGAAGUGAAAAAAAACAGUCGCUCUCUGCGACAUUUUAUCAAACACUUGGUGCGCAUAGACUUCCCCUUUUAUUUUGGGUUCAUUUUGCUGGGUCUGGAUUUAUGUAUGUAUUAUACAAAAUUACUACCAAUGUAAUGCUGAUUAUUCGAAAUUAAUCAUGUGUUAUUCUGCAA